AAUGCAAUACUACUCUCUCAUGAACACACUUUCUGUUCCCUUUCUUACAAUUUCUUCACUGACAAAGGAAUACCUGCACAUUUCCUCACGCACGCACGCAUACUCAAUCGCCACUCCCUCGUACAUCACCCUCUCUCUCUCUCUUCUCUCUCCUCGUUCUCUCUCUAGCUAUGCGGAUCAUGAUGAGAACCCUGUCAGAGAGUAGAGACAGCUAUCAGAAGAGGAUAGUGCAGAGAAAACACAGAUUUUUCCAGCCAUAUCAUACCUUAUUAUUUCACCUUUUUCUCUCUGCCACCCGAUUAAUCAAAUCCCCAUGAGACCUCACCACCCCUUAUAAACCACACCCUCUUCUCUAAUCCCAAACCAAACCCCACCAAAGUGAAAUUAGAAAAAAAAUAGAGUGACAAACCCAAGUUAUAAAACCUUCUUUCACUAUUUUGCUCCUCUUGUUUGUUCCCCUUCCCCAUGCCAUGACUCUCAUUUCCUCCUAUAUAAAAGCCAUGAAGUAGUGUUAUUAGUAUAUCCAAUAUUCUCCUUUUGCUUAAAAAUUAAAUUCUCCCUCACUUUUCAUUUUCACCUCUCUUUUUCAAGUGUUCCUUUCUUCUUUUUCUCUCCAACGGACAACUCUUCUUACCACACAUGGACCACACCGAAGCUCACUUGCCACCUGGUUUUCGGUUCCACCCAACUGAUGAGGAGCUCAUAACUUACUACCUUCUCAAGAAGGUUCUUGACAGCACCUUCACAGGUAGAGCCAUAGCUGAAGUUGAUCUCAACAAGAGUGAGCCAUGGGAGCUCCCUGAGAAAGCUAAGAUGGGAGAGAAAGAGUGGUACUUCUUCAGCUUACGUGACAGAAAGUACCCAACUGGGUUAAGAACCAAUAGGGCUACUGAAGCUGGGUACUGGAAAGCCACAGGGAAAGAUAGAGAGAUUUACAGCUCCAAAACUUGUUCUUUGGUGGGGAUGAAGAAAACCUUGGUUUUCUACCGUGGUAGAGCUCCAAAGGGAGAGAAAAGCAACUGGGUCAUGCAUGAGUAUCGCCUUGAAGGCAAAUUUGCUUACCACUACCUUUCUCGCAACUCCGAGGAUGAGUGGGUCAUAUCACGUGUGUUUCGGAAGAGUAACACCACACCGAUCACCAAUGGAGGCUCCACCAUGUCCGCUUCUACUAACUCCAAGAAGACAAGAAUUAACAACACCACCUCUCUUAUCCAUGAACCAAGUUCACCCUCUUCAGUUUUCCUUCCACCUCUUCUAGACUCUUCUCCCUACACCAACACCACCACCAACACCUUCACCGACCAUCACAAUAGUUCUUAUGAUAGUGCCACCAAAAAGGAGCACGUGUCCUGUUUCUCCACAAUAGCUGCAGCAACAGCUGUUGUCUCCCCCAACAACAACUUCAACAAUGCAAGCUUCGACCUUCCACCUUCUCAGCCUCUUGCAACCGACCCUUUUGCAAGGUUUCAGAGAAACGCUGGUCUUUCUGCUUUUCCAAGUUUGAGGUCUCUACAAGACAACCUUCAGCUACCUUUCUUCUUCUCCACGGCGGCGGCGCCUCCCUUCUCCGGCGGAGUCUCCGGCGACUUCCUCAGCUGGCCAGUGCCGGAUGAUGGUGUUUCCAACAUGCCACUGGGCGUGUCGGAGCUUGAUUGCAUGUGGGGCUACUAAUCAAUCUUUUGUUGACUUUUUCAAGAGUUGACUACUAGGAUUAGACUUUGAUUAUGAUGUUACAUUUAGAGUUAUGUUUCUUUUAUGGCCUUGUUAGGUUUGUUCUUUACCUAAUUGUGUGUUGCUUUUUAUUGUGUUAUGUUAUUUUCCAUAAUGACCUUGUGAAGCUUGAACAAUUUACUCAGGCUGGUUUUUGUUGUUUCCGAUUACUACCCUACUAGGGCUAGUUUGAUGUAAGGGUAGUUUUGGCAUUUUGUGAUGUGAUGUGUGUUUUGAGCUAUGGUCCACUUAGGAUAUGUCUUUGGAGGUGGUUGCAAUGUCUGACGUGUUGAUCUUGAAAGUAAAUGCUCAAUAUGUAAGAGUAUCAGAUCCUGUGGGGCUGUUGUUUUUGAGCUAUACUAGUAUUUCAUCUAUGGUCCAUAUUAUGUCUACAGAAAAUCUUUGCGUUGUGUUAGAGCUUUCAUCAGUGGACCGUUAGGAUUUAUGUCUUUGCAAAUGUUUCAGUUUUGUGACGUGGUGGACUCUUAACUAAAUGCUUAACAUAUCGAAGGAGGAGUUCCAGUGCGGGAUCUUGUUCGAUAAUGCUAGAUACGUUCCCUACUUUGCAAUAGAUUUUAGAUCCCCGUGGAUUUUAAUGUUUUCAA